AUGUUUCAAAUGGAAGACAAAAGUGCAAGAGCAAUUGCCCAAUUCCAAAAACGCUCCACUGACUUACUCAACUUGAUUUUUGUCAACAAAAAGUUCCAAAAAGCGGCUUUGAGUUUAUCAACAAAUCCAUUUCCACUGACUGAAAAUACAAUUAAACUCUUUCCCGUUAUGCAAUAUCAAACACUUUACAAGAAUGGAGAAGACCGAUUAUCGAGCAAUUGCGUCGUUUCUUAUGAAAUUGAUUUUAAAACGGCGCAACAUGAAGAAAAGAGACAUAGUCGGUGUACUAAAGUGGUCUUAACUCUUAAUGAGAAGAACAUUUUACCAGAGAUCCCUUCAAUAGUUUCUACACUUGGGAAAUAUCUAUUCAAAAACUUCGACAACUUCAAAAAUCCACAUUUUGUGGUCCCAACACAAAUAACGAAUAUUGAAAAUCACUGCUUUGAGGGAUGUGAUCAACUUUGUUCAAUAGAAUUUCCGCCCUUAAUUAACACGUUGCGGAGUUAUUGUUGUUAUAAGUGUGCCAAAUUGGAUUUUGUUGGACUUCCAAUGUAUUUGGAGGAAAUAGAAGACUUCGUCUUUACAAAUUGCACUUCCCUCAAAAAAAUUGUAAUUCCAAGGAACGUCACAAAACUUGGGAAAUAUUUGUUUUAUAACUGCCGUUCACUCUCUUCUAUUUCUCUUCCAGAAAAGUUGGUUGUGCUCGACGAGUUUUGCUUUGGGUCUUGUGGAAAAUUGAACGAAUUGGUCUUACCAGAAACAGUUUCUUUUUUGGGUAACUCGUGCUUUGAGAACUGUUUUUCACUUAAGAAAGUUGUGUUUCCAAGUUUUUUCUAUAAAUUAAAUAAAAGGGACAUUGGGACUGUUGAGCAAUCAACUCAACCAGUACAGUACUGUUGCGUGUGUGAAGACUUUUUCGAAGUAAUGGAACAACUCACCACUGUUGAGUGUAACAAGCCAAAAUUUGUUAUUGGAGAUCAGUGUUUCAAUGGAACUCAAGUGGUUUUGUAG